AUGGAACUCAAAGCUCACAGAACAAUCAUUUUCUCUUUAUUCUCUAUUACUACAAAGACAUUUUUAUUUCAGAGCUACGCCGAAAUUGUACCUGUUUUUCUAUGCCUUUUUCUUCCUCUCUUUCAUACCAUUCGUUUUUAUUCUUUCUUUUUUAUUCUUUCUCGUUUUUUCUGUCUUUUUCUUCCUUUCUUAAAUGUUGUUCCUUUCUUUCUUUCUUUCUUUCUUUCUUUCAUUUUUCUUUCUUUCUUUAAUUAUUCUUUCUUUCAUUUUUUCUUUUUUUUUCUUUCAUUCUUUUUUUUUCUUCUUUCUAUCUGUUCCUCUUCGCUCAUAUUGCUACAUUUAGAUUUUUGUUCUCUUCUCUACCUUUUUUAUGCACUCUCUCUUAAACAUUUAUUUAACUAUUUUCGUUUACCUUCUUCCAUUCCACGUCUGCUGUUUUCUCUCUCUCUCUCUCUCUCUCUCUCUCUCUCUCUCUAUCUAUCUAUCUAUUUAUCUAUCUAUCUAUCUUAA